AUGCUCCUGCGAAGUAAGUCAGCCCCAAUGAGGGUUUCUCAAGAUCGCAGUAAAACCAAGAAUCCUCCGGACGACUUGGUAAUCGAAGAGAUCAAAGAUGAGAUUACUGUUGGAACGUCGCUGCCCAAUAUUGAAGAGGAAGAGGAGGACGAGGGAGAUGAGGACAAGAAUAUUGACACACUCAUUGAUGAACUUCAGUCCCUUGACGGCCACAGUGAUACAGAUGACCCGACUCUGGCGGAUGCAUGCCAGGCUCCUAGUGUAUCCGAGGAAAUGCUUGUGACAGACAACGUAACUGGACUUAGCGAAUCGGAAGUUCUGCAGCGCCGGAAAAGAUAUGGCUUGAAUCGGAUGAAAGAAGAGAAGCACAAUCUGAUCCUGAAGUUUCUGUCCUAUUUUGUAGGUCCUGUUCAGUUUGUCAUGGAGGCCGCGGCCAUCCUGGCAGCUGGCCUGAGAGAUUGGGUCGACUUCGGUGUCAUCUGUGCCCUGCUCCUGCUCAAUGCAUCAGUAGGCUUCAUUCAAGAAUUUCAGGCUGGUUCUAUCGUAGAAGAGUUGAAGAAGACACUAGCCCUCAAAGCAGUCGUUCUGCGGGAUGGCCGCUUGACGGAAGUGGAUGUAGCUGAGGUUGUACCCGGAGAUAUGUUGAAGAUUGAGGAGGGCACUAUUAUUGCCGCCGAUGGUCGGGUGCAAUCAUGCUUUGCUCUUCAAGUGGACCAAUCCGGAAUCACUGGCGAGUCCCUCGCUGUCGACAAGCACAAAGGAGACACCUGCUAUGCAUCAUCAGCUGUCAAGCAUGGGAAUGCAUACCUUGUGGUUACGGCGACUGGCGAUUAUACUUAUGUCGGGCGUGCCGCAGCGUUAGUUCAGGCGGCCUCGUCGGGCACAGGCCACUUCACCGAAGUUCUGAAUGGCAUCGGUGUUGUUUUGUUGGUAUUGGUCAUGUUAACUCUUCUCGUGGUGUGGGUAUCGUCGUUCUACCGAUCCAACGACAUCAUUACUAUACUUGAAUUCACUCUGGCCAUUACCAUCAUCGGGGUACCUGUCGGUUUGCCAGCCGUGGUAACCACCACCAUGGCGGUCGGUGCUGCGUAUUUAGCGAAAAGGAAGGCCAUUGUACAAAGAUUAUCUGCAAUUGAGUCUCUUGCUGGUGUUGAGAUUCUCUGCUCCGACAAGACCGGCACUCUGACUAAGAAUAAACUCUCCUUGUCUGAGCCCUAUACAGUGGCGGGUGUCGACCCUGAAGAUCUAAUGCUAACAGCAUGUUUGGCGGCUUCACGCAAGAAGAAGGCCAUGGAUGCAAUUGACAAGGCAUUCCUCCGCGCGCUCUCCGAUUAUCCCAGAGCGAAGGCUUCUCUGACACAAUACAAGAAGCUGGCUUUCCACCCGUUUGAUCCGGUUUCCAAAAAAGUCACAGCGGUGGUCCGAUCUCCCCAGGGAGAACGGAUCAAAUGCGUCAAAGGAGCACCACUCUUUGUCCUUAGGACCGUAGAGAAAGACCACCCCAUCCCGAGUGAGGUUGAGUCCGCGUAUAAGAACAAAGUAUCCGAGUUUGCGUCUCGUGGCUUCCGAUCGCUCGGAGUAGCCCGCAAGCGCGAUCAGGGCCAGUGGGAAAUCUUAGGUAUCAUGCCUUGCUCAGAUCCCCCGCGACAUGACACAGCCAAGACAAUUCAUGAGGCUAAAAGGCUGGGUCUGUCGAUUAAGAUGCUGACUGGUGAUGCCGUGGGAAUUGCCAAAGAAACGUCCCGGCAGCUGGGCCUGGGCACCAACGUGUACAAUGCAGAGAGGCUGGGUCUUGGGGGAAAGGGCACCAUGCCCGGAUCAGAGGUCUAUGACUUUGUCGAGGCUGCCGACGGUUUUGCAGAGGUUUUCCCCCAGCACAAGUACAACGCUGUUGACAUCCUACAGCAACGUGGGUAUCUGGUGGCUAUGACUGGCGACGGAGUCAAUGACGCUCCAUCUCUCAAAAAGGCGGAUGCGGGUAUCGCCGUGGAGGGCGCCUCCGACGCAGCUCGGUCUGCAGCAGACAUUGUUUUCCUGGCUCCAGGGCUUUCGGCAAUCAUUGACGCCUUGAAAAUCUCCCGCCAGAUUUUCCACCGGAUGCAUGCCUACGUAAUAUACCGCAUCGCCCUGUCACUGCACCUGGAGAUAUUCCUGGGCCUCUGGAUUGCUAUCAUGAACGAGAGCUUGAACCUGCAACUAGUUGUCUUCAUUGCCAUCUUUGCCGACAUUGCAACAUUGGCAAUUGCCUAUGACAAUGCACCCUAUUCGAAGACCCCGGUGAAAUGGAACCUGCCCAAGCUCUGGGGGAUGUCUGUCCUCUUGGGCAUCGUCCUGGCCAUCGGCACGUGGGUCGCGCUGUCCACCAUGAUAUCAGGAGGCGAGGGAGGAGGAAUUGUGCAAAACUAUGGGAAGCGAGAUGAGGUGCUGUUCCUAGAGAUCUCUCUGACGGAGAACUGGCUCAUCUUCAUCACGCGUGCUGAGGGCCCAUUCUGGUCAUCAAUUCCCUCGUGGCAGUUGACAGGGGCUAUUGUGGUUGUCGAUCUUGUGGCGACUUUUUUCUGCAUUUUCGGCUGGUUUGUCGGGGGACAGACUUCAGUGGUUGCCGUGGUGCGCAUCUGGGUGUUUUCCUUUGGCGUCUUUUGCAUCAUGGGAGGCCUCUACUACCUGCUGCAGGGCUCCACCAGUUUUGACCGGAUUAUGCACGGCCAAAGCCCUCGAGGCCAUAGAAUCAAACAGCGACAGCUGGAAGACUUCAGUAGGAAAUCCCCUUGA